CGUCCGUCGCGCCUUCUCCCAAUGUCAACAGACACGACGCGAAGUGAUGAGUGAUGCUGCCUGGAGAAGUGGCGAAUCGAUGCAUCCUUUCACCUCCUCACACCCGUAAAGGUUCCAUCAGUCUCUUGACAGUUGCAGUACUUGAGCACAGUACUUUUGAUGCAAUAUGUCCGCAAAAGCUCCAGCACCUGCCACUCCACUCAAAAGGCCAGGCGUCAAUACUGGACCACCGAAGCCGGCAUCUGCUCCCCCGACCAAGCUAUGGAAGCCCUUCAAGUGUCCUGGUGUUGCAGGUCAUACGCCCGCCAGCGACCGACCGUCGAGGAAACGCCGCAAGGUCGACUAUGGGGGCGCCGACGACUCUCAAGACGCAGACAAACCAUACUCGAACGAUGAUCGAUUAGCCCUAGCCACUCGAGAUGUCAAUCGCUAUCCAGUAUUCCAAGCCAAGGAGAAGAGCGUGGUCUUUCGGAAAGCGUUUUCAAUACCUUUGAAGAACAAAGACACGUCGUCAUACAACCCCUACCGUCCGCCACCAACACUUGGCCUUCGGCAAGGCGCUGUGUUCUCUCCUCGGGCCUUGCACGACCCUACUGAUGACUUGGCAAUCGUAUUGUAUGAUCCAACGAUACACGACAAACCGAAAGAAGAUCCCGAGCAGUCGAAACCCAAAGACGAGGAUCCGGCUUCCAGUACCAUCGAUGCGCCUCUAGUGCACAAGAGUCUGGCAGAAAUUCUCGGCAUAAAAAAGAAAGUGGAGGGCGAGCAUCCUCGUGUGCCCGUCGUCUUGGAUCCCAAGCUUACCAAGACCCUGCGGCCGCAUCAAGUAGCAGGCGUACAGUUCAUGUACGACUGCGUCACAGGCAAGGUGGACGAAAAGGCCAAUGGGUGCAUCAUGGCCGACGAAAUGGGCUUGGGCAAAACGCUACAGUGCAUCGCGCUCCUUUGGACGUUGCUGAAACAGUCCCCCGAUGCCGGCAAAUCGACUAUCCAGAAGGCAAUUGUCGUCUGUCCGGCCAGUCUGGUCAAGAAUUGGGCCAAUGAAUUGGUCAAGUGGCUUGGUGCUAAUGCCAUCACGCCAUUUGCUAUUGAUGGCAAAGCCUCGAAGGAGGAGUUGACGCGCCAGCUGAGACAGUGGGCGAUUGCCACUGGGCGCGCUGUCACUCGCCCUGUUAUCAUUGUAUCAUACGAAACCCUGCGACUGAAUGUCGAAGAGCUCAAGCACACUAAGAUUGGUUUGCUGUUCUGCGACGAGGGCCAUCGUUUGAAGAAUGCUGACAGCAAUACAUUCGCUGGUCUCAACAGCCUGAACGUCACGCGGCGUGUCAUUUUGACAGGAACGCCGAUUCAAAACGACUUGACCGAGUACUUCUCCUUGAUCAGCUUCGCCAAUCCUAACUUGUUGGGCUCGCGCCUGGAGUUUCGUAAACGUUUUGAACUUCCGAUUCUACGCGGGCGCGACGCAGAUGCAUCAGAAGCCGAUCGCAAAAGGGGAGACGAAUGCACCACAGAGCUUUUGGGCAUCGUGAACAAGUUCCUCAUCCGCCGCACAAACGACAUUCUGUCCAAGUAUUUGCCGGUCAAGUAUGAGCAUGUGGUUUUCUGCAACCUGGCACCAUUCCAGCUGGACUUGUACAACUACUUCAUCACCAGUCCCGAGAUCCAGGCUUUACUCCGUGGCAAGGGAAGUCAGCCACUGAAAGCCAUCAACAUUCUCAAGAAGCUCUGUAACCAUCCAGACUUGUUGAACGUCAGUGAAGAUUUACCUGGCUCGGAAAAAUGCUUCCCAGACGACUACGUUCCGAGGGAAGCUCGCGGGCGCGAUCGCGACGUCAAGCUCUGGUAUUCGGGCAAGAUGCAGGUAUUGGACCGCAUGCUGGCCAGAAUCCGCCAAGACACAAACGACAAGAUUGUGCUUAUCAGCAACUAUACAUCCACUCUGGAUCUUUUCGAAAGGCUCUGUCGCUCUCGCCAGUACGGCAGUCUCCGAUUGGAUGGUACGAUGAAUGUGAACAAGCGACAGAAACUGGUCGACCGCUUCAACGACCCAGAGGGCGACGAGUUUGUCUUUCUACUCAGUAGCAAGGCCGGUGGCUGUGGUAUCAAUCUCAUUGGCGCCAAUCGGCUGAUUCUCUUCGACCCGGACUGGAAUCCCGCUGCCGAUCAGCAGGCUCUGGCUCGUGUUUGGCGUGAUGGACAGAAGAAGGACUGUUUUGUGUACCGUUUCAUUGCGACCGGCACGAUUGAGGAGAAGAUCUUCCAGCGCCAGUCGCACAAACAGAGUCUCUCGUCGUGCUUGGUAGACUCGGCCGAGGAUGUUGAGCGGCACUUUUCCCUGGAUAGCCUCCGGGAGCUUUUCCAGUAUCAGCCAAACACCAAGAGCGACACACACGAUACGUUCAAAUGCAAAAGAUGCAAGCCAGAUGGCAGGCAGUUCAUCAAAGCACCAGCCAUGCUGUACGGCGAUACGAGCACAUGGAAUCAUUGUGUCAACGAAGGGUUGAAGACAAUACAGGACAUGCUCCUCCGCCAGGAGUGCGGAGAGGAUGUCAUCUCGGCCGUUUUCCAGUACAUCUCACAUUGAUUUUGGGCGGAGCCAUGUAUAGCGUAUGAUAGACUCAGACUUGCAGCAAAUUCAAGAAUCAAUUCCUGGCUAACUGAA